AUGUCCGGCGGGAGUAGCCGGAGGAGAACCGGCGCUUCCUGGCACAGCAGCUUCUCCCGACUCUUUACUAGGAGCCCAUCCAAGGAGCAGCAAGAAGGGGCUAAAGCAGCCCAGCAGCAGCAGCAGCAGCAGGGAGCACGCAGCUUUGAAGCUAAGGAAGAUGUCAGCAUAGUAUGUCAGAGAAAAGACAGCAACCCUCUUCCAGAGCUAUUAAAGAUUUCAGUCUGUGAAAAUAAGAACCUCUCAACAGAGGAGCUGAGUAGGUCCACCACUCAGGAGGAAUUAAAGAAAGCGAAUAGUCUUCCUAGUUUGGCUCAUGAGGGCAAGUCUGCCAACAAUGACAGACAGAUCAAGGAAGGAUUUUUCCAGUAUCUUGGGAGUUUAUUUGGUAUUGCUUCAAAAUCAUCCUGGAAAGAAACUGAGCAGUCAUCUCUUAGACAGAGAACUGGGAACGACUUUGCAAGUCCUGCUAGUCACCAUGAAAGUGGACACAUUGAGCCUCCCGUACCAGAAAUAUUUGUCAUUUCAACUCCUGGAAGUACACAGGGAGAAUCAAAUAAAGAUGAAGAGACUAACGUAGUUAAAAGUUCCACUUCUGGCUCACAAGAAGCACAGGAACAACCUGUUGGAGCAUCAGCAAAAACAGAAUGUGAGCUGGUUGCACCCGCAGUUACUUAUGCAACUUACCGAGGCUCUGCAAGAAUUAAGCAGUUGAUCAAGAAGCAAGCAGAACUGGAACAAGCAAAAGAAAUUCCAACCAGUAUUAAUGGUCCUAAUGUCAAAAACAAAAAAAAUCAGACUGAAACCCUUCCAAACUUAGAAAGUAUUGCAAUAAAAAGAGGAUCCUCAUUAAAGAGGAAUUCAAAACCUGAAACUAAUAAUGACAAAAAAGAUACACAAGCAAACAUCUAUUUGGCAGAAAGAGACUUGGAAAAGAAUUAUCAGGAUGUCUUGGGUAGCACUGAACACAAGGAUCUGAAGAACAACAUUACCUUGUUGACAGAUAUGGAAAUCAUCAAAAAUUGCAUUGAAGAACUAGUUUCUGUGAAACAUGUAUCAGUUUCCAACACACCAGAAGUUAAUAGGAACCUUCUGUUAGAGCCAGUAUUAUUGCCAAAGGAAAGCAAUUCUAGUUCCCAGAAUAUAGAUCCUGUUAGAAUGGGUUCAGCAGAUAGCAGAUUGGUUGAAAAGGGAGAGGAGAUGUUAGGGGAAAUACAAAUGCAGCUUCAGACAAACAAUGCUACCAUUGUUGGCCUUCAAAAAGAAAUGCAUUUUUGUGCUUUUUCUAACACAGAAACAAAAGAGAUAAUGCAUAGUGAGUUUUUAUCUCAUCCCAAAGCGGAGUCUGGUAUUAAUGAGCAGCAGUUGCUACAAGAUAAAUGUUCCUGUGAUCAUUGGUCUGAGGACAAGUUCCAAAUAAAAACAGGCGGCCAGACAGCAUAUUUGAAUAGCACUGUGGGGACUGUGCAGCCAGGUAGAAAUAAAGUAAGCAGAAAUGAAGAUUCAGACACACACACGGUGACAUGUGUACCUCCUUAUGAAGAAGUGCUGUUGGAUGUGGAACACAGCAAAGCCAGUAAAGUGAUAUCAAGAGCUGAUCUGCCUACUUCAGCCCAAUUCACAGAAACUGUUCAAGAUGUUGACAUACUCUGUGAAAGUAGUCCAAAAAAUGAAGACGUCACAGAGUUAGUGGUACCUAGAGGUAUACAAAACAGUCCUAAUUGCACCACGAUUUCUGAAAUUGGUACUAAGAAAUGUAUCAUGGAGAACAGCACUGUGCCUUCAAUUGAAGUUGACUAUGUUGAAACGACAAAAGCUUUACCUGAUGCUACCGAAAUAAAGAGUGCCAGUACUACUACGUCAUCAGUUAAAUAUGAAAAUGCGAAGUCCCACUUGAUAUGUGCUUCCUUAGAAACUGAAUAUGCCAGCACUGACAAAGCACCACCUGUGGAUGGUAUUUCUUUUAUCCUUGAAGCUAAAGAUGGCAGCUGCCUUCAUCAUACCCAUACAGAUCAGGAUGAGAGUCUGGUCAAAACAUCCAAUUUCGAUAUUUCUCUUCCUCUCCUUGAAAACAAAAAUCCUCUUGAAUUGGAAAAAACAAAGCUUAUAAACAACACAGAAUCUGCCACAAUGGCCAAACAUAUUCCUUCACUUCUUAAAAAUACAGAAACCUUUAUGGCUAAGAGUCCAGUUGUAUCUGCAGAAAAUAAUGAUCUGUUAGUCCAUGAAAUGAGAAAUCACUCUGAAGAGAAGACAGCUCUGGCUUCUUUUGAAAUUAAAGAGGUCAGCACAAUUACUCUAGCUCCUCCUACUUCUCCUUCUGAAGAUGAGUGCUUGCCCAAGGGUUCCCCUCCUGCUGUGAAACCAGACAAUAACUGUUCUGCAAUUCUUUCUUCUUCAGUAUUUGCUUUGGCCAAUAAUUCUUUCGUCUUUGAAGAUAAUAUCAGUUUGGAUAAUAUGACUAAACUAGUGCCUAAUUCUGAAGAUGAGAGUCUGUUGGAUAUACCAGGUUUGUUGUCUGAUAAACAGGAAGCCACUAACCGAGCUGGGAGAUCCAUAAGUGUAAUUGCUUCUGCAGGGGCUGAUUAUAUCAAAAUAUGUUCCUCUGUCUCUACAUGUGAAAAUAUGCAAGCUGUAAAAAAGAAAGAGGUCUUUGGACAUUGGGAUCCUCUUUCUGCUGCUGAUUUUGGGAGUGUGGAUUCUGAAUCUUUCCUGGAAUCUGGAGAAGUCCUUGAAAUUAAGGUUCCCUCUGGCCCUCCUGAAAUGGCUAAUAUUAGGACUGGGACUUUGCCAUGCUCUGAAGAAACGAAAGAUACAGCUCUGUCAUGUUCCAUGCGCUCUGGGAUCAGCCUGGUAAAAGAGAAUCUUCCUUUUCCUACAGUAGACUGUGUAUUCACUUGCAAGCCUGUUUCCCCUACUACUGCUUGCUCUAAAAUUACUGCAAAAUGUUCUCCUGUCUGUGAAAUAAUAGAUGUUGCCUUGAAUAACAUUGAUUCGCUUCCUUUUAAUUCUGAAGUUAACAAGGGCAAGAUUUCACCAGAAUAUGAAUCCAGUAGGCCGCUCUUUGGAUCAAUAUCUGAAACUGUUUGUCAAGCUCCGUUUUUGACCCCAGUUGCCUAUAAUGUGGAAGAUAUAGAACCAGUAAAGAUGGUACUUGACGUGGCCCUCACUGCAGAGGAGGAAAAGGAACACAGCAGUGCCUUGGGGCAAGCAAAUCGUCACUACCUUGCUGCUGCUACUUCAGAAACCCCUGUUGAAAUAGAUGCUCAAGCAAUUACUGCUUUGUUUACAAAAUCAAGCAGCCAGUUUUCUGAGGAAGCACUGAAAGAUGUUGAAACAGGAAAGCAAGUACAAAUUAAAUCCCAAGUCUUAACUGUUUUGUUUAAAAAGGCUGAUGAAAUAGUUGAUGCAGUUCUGCACUUAGCCACAGAAGAAAUAAGAUCAAAGCAAGCAGCUGGUGUCUGCCAGACUAAUAACAUUAAGGACAGUUUAUUAGGAACCAGCCUUCAAAAAGAUCAGAAAACUCAAAAGAUGCUGCCUGAAUCAAAAGAAAUCCAGUUAAGGAACUCAUCAUUAAAACAUUAUAGUGAGAGUUGUAUUGGAAAGCUUCCUAAAAGUAAAAGGAAAGAUAUAGUUGGCACAGAUAAUCAAGAUGAAAAGAUACAGUUUGACAUUGUGGAUAAAAUUGACCUAGAUAGUUCAAUAGCACUAAAAGCUAAAGAAAUAAUUGAUGAUGUUAUUAAUGCAGCCAAGCAAAAACUGGCAUGUGAUCAACAGGAGGAACAUCUGGGUAAGGACCUUUCUCAAAGUAUGGCCCUCGGAUCUAAGACUGAAGCAUCAGAGAGACUGACGGCUGAUGGUGAAUUGACAGCUAAACUUCCCAAAAUAAUAGAGGCACCCUUGCAUUUAAAUCCAUUAUCCCAGGCAGUUACACACAAUGUAAUGUGCAAGCAUGAAGUAACAAAUUCCUCAUCACCCUUGUAUGUUAAUAGUAAAGAUGACAGUGGUGGGGUACCAAAUGUGCUUGCAUACCAAAUUAGAGGUGAAUUGUCUGAUUCCAGAGAUAGGAUAGAAACCAGUACUGCUGAAAUAGGUAAUGGCAAAAACAGUAAAGGUAUCAGUGAAACUACACAUGUGGCAGAUGAUGCUGACAGUACAACUAAAUAUCAUUUAUAUGCAGUAAAUGGAGAGGCUGUUAUGACUGAAGAACAAUUACCAUCAUGCCCAACUGUGCCAGCAAAUGUGCCAUCCUUUAACUCAAAUGUUAAUGUGCAUAUCUGUCUUUCUAGCAAGUCUAAAGGUGAAUGUGAUAUUUUAGGUAAACUUGGAAGUAGUGUAGGGAGAGAGCUGCCUCAAUGCAUCUGCAAAGAGGUUGAGGUUGCUGCAGUGGUAACAGAGGAACCGCAUGAAAAGUGUUAUGAAAUAGACAGUGAAAUGGGCUAUGACAAAAUGAAGGAAGCUUGUGCAAUACCACAGGAUACAAAUGGAUUGAGUCCCCAGUUCAGUAUUUCUGAAUCCUCUGUAAUGAACAAUUCAGCAAAGAUCGACUUGAACGCAGAUUUUGCCUGUGAAGAAGCAGCCCUCACUCGACCAGGUUUAGCUAUGUCAGAUGUGCUCAAGGAAAAUUACUUAGAAAAUCUUGAUGGAGAGAACUCCCCAAAGUGGUUUGCUGCUUCUCCACCAAAGGAAUGGGGAUGUAAUUCUUCAUUUACUAUUUUGUAUGAAGGCGCUCUUCAAGACGAAAGCUUUACCUUUUCAACAGAAAAACCAGAGCAUCCCUUUUCACCGCUUCCUGACCUUUCCCCGGACAAUAUCCAGCAUCUUCUGGUGUGUGAAACGGCCAAAAGCAAAUUUGCGUCUGUCCAGCCUUAUGAAGAAAGCAGCCAAUUAAAUGAGAUUCUGGACAACACUUGUUCAGAAUCAUUUAUGGCAGUGGAGGCAAAGCGAUGCAGAGUUUAUCCCUUCUCUUUAUCGCCAAUAUAUGAAGAUGAUAGCUCACAAGAGGACUUACUGUCCACUGAUGUCUCACCAGGGUGUCCUAGUGAAAAAUCAAGAGAUGGCAGUAACUAUUCCUUGUCUGUCUUAUCACUUCUGCAGUCAGUGUCUGAACGGUUAAAAACUAAUAACCACUGCUGUGAAGAGGAAGAGGAACUUGCAGAAGAAGACAGAUUGGAGUAUGAAAAAGAAGUGUGCAUUCCCAGUCACUUGUUGGAAAAUUCAAGCACUGAAAUCUCAGAAAACAUUCAUGAGAGAAAUUGGCUUUCCAGACACUCAAAAAUUUUUUCCAGUGAAGCAUGUAGCUCAGAAAAGGCCUUAUCUUUUAGUUCCAUACAGUCAGCUUCGUCUGAUCCAAGUCUGACCCUAGUCACAAAGCCCUUUUCCAAAAGUUUAUACUAUGACUAUUUGCAAAGUGCAAGAAGUUACUCUGGUGAUAAGGGAACCAGAUUUGGAAGCCAUUUGUUGCCAAGAGAUCAGCAGCCAGAAGAUGAUGAUUUGCAACAAUUGUCAGCAUUUCAAGUGCAUCCUCUUGAUAAGGAUAGAUUCAAAUGGAAUCCUAGGCCAGGAAAAAUGGUUAUUUCUGAUGAUCCUGGCAACAAAAAUAAACAUGAGAUUUACCAUGAUGUGCUAGAUGCUACAGCCUGGGUGUUUGCAAAAGCAGCAUUGAUCCGAGUUGUUAGAGGAUGCUGGAUUCUGUAUGAGAAACCAAACUUGCAAGGUCAGAAAUAUGCUCUAGAAGAAGGAGAAAAGGUGCUGAAUAAUAUCUGGAAUCCACACAGUGAGAAACAUCAAGAAAACUUCACUAUUGGUUCAAUUAGACAAGUUGAGAAGAAUUGUAGCAUUCCUGAGAUUGAACUUUACCCACAAGCUGGCACUGAUCAAUUUCCUAUCUACACUCAGAGUUCAGUUGCUAAUUUGGAAGAACUGGGAGUCCAGAAUCCUACUCUUUCCGUGAAAGCAGGCAUAUGGCUUGCCUAUUCAGAUGUUAAUUACAAAGGAGAGGUGAUGGUUUUGGAAGAAAAUCACAGCCCAGGUGAAAUUUCAGCAGCUGAUGUAAAAUCCUUUCGUCCAUUGAAAAUGGGUGGCCUAAAGGUACAGAUGCCUAUGAAUAUUAAGUUGAUGAUAUAUGAGAAACCACACUUUGGAGGAUGGUGUAAAGAACUUUCUGAAAAUGUUGACUGUGUUCCAACACUCUUCAGAAAUGCUGAUGAUUUCCAGGGAAUUGGAUCAGUACAUGUCAUUGGUGGAAUAUGGGUUGCUUAUGAGAAAGAACGAUAUAAAGGCCAACAAUACCUGCUAGAGGAAGGAGAGUAUGAAGAUUGGCAAUCAUGGGGUGGAGUGAACAGUAUCCUGCUGUCUUUUCGAUUUCUGCAGGCUGACUUUAUGGAAUCUAAAAUCACGCUUUUUGAAAUGGAUGAGGAAAAUGGAAAGUUGCUGGAGAUUGUCAAUCAAGAAAUUCCUGAUUUGGAACAGGCUGGAUUUGGUUUAGUGACAAGAUCAGUUAGUGUGAAGUGUGGGGUAUGGGUUGCCUAUGAGCAGAAGUACUUUUGUGGAGAACAAUAUAUAUUGGAGAAAGGAAAAUAUAAAUGUUUUUUUGAUUGGGGAGGAUCCAGUGAAACGAUCAUGUCAAUCCGUCCCAUUAAGUUGGAGCCAUUGGGAAAUCAUGAACCCACACACUGGCUUAAAGCUUUCAGUAAAACACAUUUCCAGGGCAAAUGUAUAGACUUUACAACUGAAGUUGCUGAAUUUACAUCAUUCACACCCUGCUCUUUUAAAGUUCUACGGGGAUGUUGGCUACUACAUUACCAGGGAGAAACUGCAGAUAAUCAGUGUGUGCUGGAAGAAGACCUCUACACUGACCUUGCUUCCUGUGGCUGUCCAGCAGCCACAGUCAAGUCCCUUAAGCCUAUUGAAUAUGUUUUUGCUGAGCCAUUCAUCAGCCUUUUUGCUUUGGACAAUUGUGAAGGCAGAGAGCUGCACUUGCAAGAAGCUUCCAGUUCAGUUCUAAAUAAGGAUCUGCACUUUCUUACCCAGUCUGUAUGGGUGAGAAGUGGAUUGUGGAUUGCAUAUGAAGGAAGUAAUUUCUUAGGGAAACAACUUCUUCUCAAACCCAGCAGGAUUUCAAACUGGACUCAAUUAAGUGGCUGGAAAGUAAUUGGCUCCAUUCGACCUGUAAAGCAGCCAGCAGUAUACUUCAGAAUAAAGAACAGAUCCCAAGACAAAUACAUAACAGUUGCAGGAAAUCUAAUGGAUGCAAGAGCUGCAUCUGUAUGUCUUGCCCCAUUAAAUGGCAAGAAUACUCAGAUCUGGCGGUACAAUUGUGGACUCAUCAAAUCCAAGGUUAAUGAUGCUUGUCUCGAUGUUAUUGGCGGCAGAGAUGCACCAGGAGCUAAAGUAGCAUUAUGGGUAGAACAUGGGAAGCCAAGACAGAAGUGGACGCUCAACAAGGAUGGGACCAUCAAUUCAUAUCUCAGUGAUCAGCUUGUUCUGGAUAUUAAAGGAGGAUAUUAUUAUGACAGAAACUACAUUAUUGUGAACCAGCGAGAGACCAGUGAAUACACACAAAGAUGGGACUUUGAAAUAUUGUGAACUCAACUCACCACUUUAAAGACACUUAAAAAUAUGAACCAAUGUGGGCUGAAAACUCUGAACUAACUACUGAAGUUGCAUAGCACUGGAGUGUAUUAUAGAAUCUGCCAGACUUUGCCAUCUUAUUUGGCACAAUGUGUUUAAAUACAUUAAGUAUUUAAAUAGGCAGUGGAAAAUCAAUCCUGUGUUUUCUAGUACUUUGCUAAAUUAGAGCAGUGGAGUAAUCAGUACAAUGUCUUAUUAGCCAGUAUCCAAUAUGAGAUGUUACAGUGUUGACUCUCUGCUUAUUAAUGGUGUGUUCCUGUAAAUUUUUCUAGUACACCAAUUUUCUCAGUAUUUAAGAGCUAGUGAGGACAGCUUGAAAUACUUCGAGCUGAGAGGUUUUUCCUAUCCUUCCGUCUGCAGUUCUUAAAAACUGUACAUGGAAGCUUAAUCAAUUAUUGCACUACAUUAAGUCUAGAUAUCUCACACUUUUGGAAAUUCAAGUGGUUUGCCUCAGGUAAGUUUUUAUCAUUGUGCAUCACACUCACCAUGUUUUCGGUAUCAGAACUAUUAAGCUAUGCAAGGUAGUCUCAAACAUUGUAAAAAAAAUGGUUGCAGUUUUUAUGAUUUUUUUUUUAUAGUAUAUGCAAAAGCCAUUCAUACUUUCAAGAACUCCAGUAGAAGUUAGUGAGACUUGGUCCAUCUCCUCUUCCACCUUCAGUGAUUAUAGGCAUUGCAGGCACCAUUUAAAACACUAAUUUACUGUAUAAUUUUAACACCAUAACAAAGAGGUGUGCUUCUUGUAGCUGUUUGCCCCAGUCCAAAGCACCAUGGGUAGAGCAGUCAAGUCUGCAUAGGUGGAUCUCUUUUUAAAAGUUCAAGAUUCCACUACCAUCUGUUUUGGCAGGUAAAACUGAAUCCAGCCCCCUUCUUGCAAGCAGCAUAAUUAAUGGUGUACUGUGCAACAAUAUUGGAAAUAAUGGCUGCCAAUUGCAGAGUUUUGUCUGAGAUUCUUGCAUUUAGUGCAGUAGUGUUGCACAACUGCGUAAAUGUUACAUUGCAAUGUGCAUGUAACAUUGCAUAAUAUGUUAGCCAGUUUUUUUAAAAAGGUGUUUCAUACGUGCAUCAACAGCUGUAGUAUUGGAAAUGGCAAUCUCAUGCUCAGGGCCUCUUUGCACGAGCAGUUCCCUAUCCACUGAGGAUAUGCACCCAGAAGUUGGACUGUGUAGUGCCCCAAGUUGGAUCAUGGAAGUUAUGUCCAUUUUCAUAAAAAGUAUGCAAUUUCAGAAAUGAAUGAGAGAGGUUAACAAGCUAAAACCAAAAAGAUUCAAGACUAGAUUUAUCACUUUCUACAGCUGUACAGGUUUCUUUUGCUCAAAAGUCAAAGAAGAUAAAGCUGCAAACUACCACCAGGAAAGAGCAGAAACUUGGGAAAUCUCUAUUUUUAUAUGAAGAUAUGGCAUUUUUAAUAAAUAAAUCUACCGAAGAGCUUGGUCCAUAACUCAGCUGCACCACACAGGCAGCCACAAACCAGGUAAUCCUAGGCAUGUGAAUUCUGGAAAUAUAGAUUCCCACAUGUCAAGCAUGCAAUAACUACAGCCAUUGUUUGUAAUCGAUAAGGCACCCAAAGCUUGUGGGUACUACCCGCAAGCUUUGUAAUAGCUCCUAUCAGUUACAGCAGUAUCAUGCAGUUGCACAGUCCGUGAACUUUGCAGAUUCCAGAGCAUAGGUACAACUAGACUUUCUAGAGCUAAGGCGAUCCUGUGAGAUGCAGCACUGCAGAGAUAUGUGACUUGUACCCUAAUUGCACUUUAGAAUGUAAAAUAAAUUGAUAAUGUAUUUACUUUUGCAUUUGUAACUUUUUAAUGUAACUAGAAUCUUCAAAAAUUUUCAUCUGAAGCACUUGUUUGAAAAGACAGGUCUCUUUCUGUAUUAUAAAGUAACAAAUGUCUUUUCAAUAUGUUAAUAAUCCAGCUCUUUUAAAAUGUGUGCUUUCAAGCCUAAGUACAAUACAGUCAACCUCAAAUAA